AGAUAUAAAACAAAAACUAUUUUAUUCGGAUGAAGGUCUCACUUCUGUCCACUUGCUUGUACAAUAAUACUAGCAAAUUUAAUAGUGUUAAUGGUGUUUACAAAUAGUUUACGAUGGAGUCGCCAGCGUUACAGGGCACUGAAAGUAUUACCGAGAAGGCUGAGCCCGGUGAGGAUGCGUGUAUGACGGAUUUAUCAACGAUCGCAGUGUCUGUGAAAGUGGAGCAUUUUCUGGACGAUGUGUGCGUCAAGGACGAACCUAGACCCGAUGGUGUGUGUAUAAACAGUGAGCCAUCGUACUCAGAAGUGAGUGUAAAAGAGGAGUCAGCCAGCGCGCGCGCGGCGGCGGAGCUGUACGCCGGCCACGCGGUGAAGGACGAGCUCGUGCUCGGCCCCGAGCUAGUGGAGCGCCGCGGCACGCGACACGCGACAACGGUGUCAAAUGGGGCGAUCAAAGAGCAACAGUCGUGUGAGAUUGUCCCCAGGGGACCCUUCCUAAGGGACUGCAGUGUGCGGUUGAAUCGUCUUGACAUGGACAAGCUUCUCACCCACAUUCGGAGUACAGACCGGGACAACGAGUCAGCGUCAAAUGGGGCGAUCAAAGAGCAACAGUCGUGUGAGAUUGUCCCCAGGGGACCCUUCCUAAGGGACUGCAGUGUGCGGUUGAAUCGUCUUGACAUGGACAAGCUUCUCACCCACAUUCGGAGUACAGACCGGGACAACGAGUCAGGGCAAACUCCACAGAAGAUAUCAAGCGGCGGACCCGACAACUACAGAUGUGCUCACUGUCACGUCGCGAGGAUGCCAGAUGACAAAUGGGCAAAACGACUUACCAUCUGGAAAGGCCCGUUUGGCAAACGAGGAUCAGGGCGGCCCCGCGCUCGCUGGGCAGACGACAUUGAGGCAGUGUCGAGCAACUGGCUCACAGAGGCACAAGACCGAGAACGGUGGAAGAGGUUGGAGGAGGCCUAUACCCGGAAGGGGUCCUAA